UUGGGGACCGCCGCCAUGUGUCCCUCAAACGCGCGGCACAAAAACAGCUGGACGCACGUGCUGUAAAGGCUCUCGUGGUGACUUGGUUUGUGACCCUUUACUGACUUCCGCGUGACCCUGAAGACUGAGGCAAGCCAGCAUGACUGAGGGGAGUAGGGAGGAUGAUGCCAGCACCUCCAUUGCCUCGGACCUGCCCCGGGGUGUGGCUCUCCUGGGGGACCUCACCACCAGCCUGCAGCAAGCCCAGGCCGCCCUCGACACCCUGGCACAGCGCAUCAGUGACGGCCACCUCCCCACCGCCAAGGGCAUCAGUUUGCUGGAGCUGAAGAACCAAGCCUUCCUUUCUUACCUGGCUAACCUAACCUACGUCACCUUGACCAAGCUGAAGGGAAACAAGAUUGAGGGCAGUGCCAGCAUAGAUCGGCUAGUAGAAUUACGAGUGGUGCUAGAGAGACUGCGGCCACUGGAGGAGAAACUCAAGUACCAGCUGGACAAACACGUCAAGGCGGCCACCGAUGGGGAGGUGAGCGCCGACGACCCCUCGCGACUCAGGGGUGAUCUGGAUAACAUCGGGUCAUCUUCGGAGGACGAGGACGAGGAGCAGCAGCAGGAGGGCGGCAAGAAGAAGAAGAAGAAGGAUGGGGAAGAGGACAGUGAUGAUGGGAAGACAUACAAGGCUCCCAAGAUCUCGCAGAUGAAAUAUGAUUUAGAGGAUGGCAAGGAGCGAGCCAAGGAGAGGGUGCGCCGUGAUGCCCUGUACUCCAGCACCCUGCGGGACGCCAUCGAGGGACUCACCGAGGACCCAGAGGUUGUGUACAACCUGGAUGUCCUCAAGCAGAAGGCCAUCAGGAAACGCAAGGAGCUGGAGGAGUACGAGGAAGCCAACAUGAUACGUAAGCAGCUCACGAAGAGGGAGAAGGCAGCCCAGCGUCAGAUUACCACCCUGGGCACAAUGGGCUCGGAAAUCCUUGGCUUCACCUCUCUCGACCCACUGCAUGACUCGGCAGCCGCCACUGAUGAGCCAUCCACCAAGAGGCAGAAGACUGGUGCCUCCAAGGGGAAGAAGAGGAAGAAAGGGACCAAGGGGAAGAAAGGGUUCAAGAAGAGGAGGAAACACUAGCUGAGGUGGUGACCAGCGCCUGCGUGUGUGUGUGUGUUAGGUAAGCGUCUGUGUUUGGGACGUAGCCCUGGAGUAAGGUAUAUUUGAGUGUAUUCUUGUGUGUCCUAGAGAGAGAGAGAGAGAGAGAGUGUGAGAGAGAGUGAGUGAGUGUGUCGUCCUCCAUCUAUCGUAGUUGCGUAAAUAAAACAUAUUUUUGUACACCA